AUGACGCUCCUCAGCCUCGCCCACGUGUGCUCGCACCUGCAGAACGCCUCCAAGGCGCGGCUGGGCCUGACGUCGACGCCGUGGAACUCGAGCAACCUGUCGCUGCUGCUGUCGCUGCAGCGGACGGGGUUCCUGUCGUUCGUGACGCGCGGGGGCGCCGUGCCGCCCGACCCGGCCGCCCUGAGCACCUACGCGCCCGAGCCGCUGACGACGGCGACGGUCGCGCGCCAGCGCCUGUGGGUCGGCCUCAAGUACAGCAGCAACGAGCCCGUCAUGCGCUCGCUGCAGAUCAUCAGCCGGCCCACCCGCCCCGUCACGGCCAAGCUCGAGCACCUCGAGCGCCUCGCCCGCGGCUGGGACAGCGGCCCCACCCGCCUCAUCCAGCGCGGCCUCAACCUCGGCGAGUGCAUGUACGUCAGCACGCCCAAGGGCGUCAUGGAGAUCCGCGAGGCCGUCGAGAGGAAGAUGGGCGGCCUGCUGCUGUGCCGGGUCUCGCCGUGA